AUGCUCAAGCCAUGGACGCUGCUGCCGCUGUGCUUGGACUGGAUGCGAUCGUCCGAUGCGCUCCUCCAGCUGCUUAUCUUGCGGCCUCUGGAGCUGUACGAGUCGGUAGCCAUCUUACCCGUGAGCUUCCUCCGUCGCCACGUGCCGGUGCUGGGCGGCGCGCUCGUGGUGCUAUUGACGCUGCAAGGCAUUCUCUUGCGGCUCUUCCUUGAGCUUGAUUUGUAUGCGUUUCUAGAGCCAAGACGCGUCGAUUGGCAGCUUGUGCAGCAGCUCUUUGGUGACACGAUCCAGUCGUCUACAAGCGACGAAGAUCUGUGGAUUGCACUACAGGAGAGUGUUUCGCUUUGUGACGACCCGUCUCUUGCUGUCUCGCGGGUCGCUGCGCCUGCGUCAGGGUCUGCAGGAUCGAGGACCGUGACAGCUCGAGGACGAGCGCUGCCGACUAUAGCAACGCUGCGAUACCAGCAACAUACUCUGACAGCUAUGAAGAGUCGACACUUGACACUAGGUGGUCGCACGCUGGCCAACAAUCGCUUCGUGUGUGGUGUUUUGAAUGCGGAGACGUGUCCGGGGUGGAGGAUCGGGUACAUUUGCCUGACUGCCAUGCAGGGCUUUGUCGAGUUUUCACUACCGAGAGUCGAUGUACUCAUGCCAUCGUGGACUAGAGAAGUGUCGACGGGUAGUGGUGUGACUGCGGAUUUGAUACAGAUGCCGUCUGAUGGAGGCGAGAAGUCAGCGGGGAUGGACCGAGGUGGAGCUGUGACAGGCAGCUCCAUCGUUGUGCCCGAGAUCUAUGACUUGGAGUCCAUGCGCUGGUCGCUAGAGGCGAUCUUGCUGGGUCUGGGUGAUGUUGACGGACUCAUUUUGGAUUUGCGCUUCAAUCAAGGUGGAGGUUCGCAUGUUGCUGCGCUGACAGUGGCGUCGUUCUUUGCUAGCGAGAACGAAGCUACCCUGGCCUUCUCUACGGAUGAAAAACUUCCGGGCGCCACGCCGAGAUUCUCCAAGCGGAAGAAGUAUUACAUUCCGUACACGUCGCGUUGUGCACGCUACCGUGGCCCGCUUGCCGUGCUUCAGAGCCAAUACACCCGCGGUACGGCAGAGCUGUUGUGUCUGUCUUUGAUGCAACGACCGCGUACUUGCCGCGUUGGUGCCGCCACUGCCGGUAGCCUUUCACCUACACGACAGCUGCGUUUGCCAAACUACUGGACCAUUGAAAUUCCGUACCAACGUGUGUUCGGCGCUGAUAACAUGCUUUACGAGGGCGUUGGCAUUCCACCCACCAAGAUCGUGCCCGACAUGGAGAUAGCAUUGACGCAAUCGAACAGUGGCAAUUCACCAAAGAAUCAUGAUGCGGCUCCGCUUGCUGCUUCGUGUGCAGCUUUUGACCCUUGCGUGAGGAAAGCAAUUGAUCAUAUCAUAAACGUCUGA